GAGAAGUGAGAAGGAAAAAAAACGUCCCUUGGUAAUAAAUGGAGAAAAUAGCUAGAUCGAAAGCGAGUAGAAUUUUAACAAGAGUCAACGGAGGAAGGUGUUUUUCCUUAUUUGGGUGACAGAGGCGAGAGGGUGAUCCAAGUGCACCAAAAUUCACCCUUGCGUGCCAGAAACAAGUGAAAGUGGUGGGGAUUUCACCUUCUCAGUUCUCACUUUGUGGGGCUCUCUCCUAAAAUGAUCACACCCUAUGUUAGAUACAUCCUAGGCACACACAUAUCUAACCCUUUUUAAAAUCACAAUUCAAACCCUCACUUGUGUGCUAGCUAGUGUGGUGAGCCUUCACUUUUUUUCCAAUUCCCUUCACUCCUAAAAACUUUAGGAGGGAAGGGGGGGCAAUGGAGCCACAAAACAAACACCAUUUUGGAACUUCCAACAUCCCCAUUCUAGCACACCAUUGCUGUCUCAUUAGCCUCUUCUUCUUCACAAUCUUCACUAACACCCAAGCCUUGGAUUAUGCUGAUGCACUUUCAAAGAGCCUCCUUUACUUUGAAGCACAACGCUCUGGGAGGAUUCCUUAUAAUCAGCGUGUCGCUUGGCGUGACCAUUCUGGCCUCACUGAUGGCCUAGAGGAAGGGGUGGAUUUGGUUGGAGGGUACUAUGAUGCGGGGGAUCAUGUGAAAUUUGGUUUACCAAUGGCUUUCACCAUCACAAUGCUCUCAUGGGGUGCCAUAGAGUAUAGGCAACAAAUUGAAGAAGCAGGUGAAUUGGAACACACAUUGGAGGCAAUCAAAUGGGGCACUGAUUAUUUCAUCAAGGCUCACACUAGCCCCAAUGUGCUAUGGGCAGAGGUGGGUGAUGGUGACACUGACCAUUAUUGCUGGCAACGGCCAGAGGACAUGACAACUUCACGGCGAGCAUUUAAGAUAGAUGAGAACCACCCUGGUUCAGAUCUGGCCGGAGAAACUGCAGCAGCUAUGGCAGCUGCAUCCAUUGUGUUCAGAAAAACAAACCCACAUUAUUCUCACUUGCUCCUACACCAUGCCCUUGAGUUGUUUGAAUUCGGAGACAAGUAUAGAGGAAAUUAUGAUGCUAGUGUCGGAGUGGUAAAGAGCUACUAUGCGUCGGUGAGUGGAUACAUGGAUGAGUUGUUGUGGGCUGCCACGUGGCUCUACAAAGCCACCGACAACAAAGAGUAUCUUGAGUAUGUUAUUUCCAAUGCUCAAAACUUUGGUGGCACUGGUUGGUCCAUAUCAGAAUUCAGCUGGGACGUUAAAUAUGCUGGUCUUCAAGUCAUGGUUUCCAAGUUCUUAAGCGAAGAAAAACACAAGAAGCACAGGAAUGUGCUGGAACAAUAUAGAUCAAAAGCAGAGUACUACAUAUGUUCAUGUCUCAACAAAAACAAAGAUGGCGAUAACUUGGAACGCACCCCAGCAGGGUUACUCUAUGUCCGACAAUGGAACAACAUGCAAUAUGUUUCAACAGCGUCAUUUCUUCUCUCGAUAUACUCUGAUUUCCUUCGAAAUACAAACCAAAAGCUCAAUUGCCAUGGGGGCACAGUGGACCAUGAAGAAAUUCUCAAUUUUGCCAAAUCACAAGUUGAUUACAUUUUGGGCUCUAACCCAAGGAACAUGAGCUAUUUAGUGGGCUAUGGCCCAAACUACCCCAAAAGGGUGCACCAUAGAGGGGCAUCCAUUGUGUCAUACAAAAAGAAUAAAGGGUUCAUAGGGUGCACCCAAGGGUAUGAUAAUUGGUAUGGUAGCCAAGAACCUAACCCUAAUGUUCUUGUUGGGGCUUUGGUGGGUGGGCCUGAUGGUCAAGACAAUUUUGAGGAUCGGAGGAACAAUUAUAUGCAGACUGAGGCUUGCACAUAUAAUACUGCCCCUUUAGUUGGUGUUUUUGCAAAGUUGUUGCAUAUAGAAAACCUAAAAUUGGUUCGUGAUUGUGAUUCACUUUUGGUUGCUUCCUUUAAGUGAUAUAGACAUAGUAAACAAAAGUAAUAAUACAGUAUAUGUUUCUCAUAAGUCAAAAGGCCAACUUUUUUUUUUUUUUCAAUUAUUUUUUCCUCAUUCAUGAGUGAUUUGUGCUUUGGCUGAGAUUUUCUGGCCUCAAAUUAAUGUACUUUCAAUAUAAACAAAUCUAUAAUCUUCCCAUUCAGACUAAUGGAAUCAA